AUGAUCCAAAAACUAAAAAGUCUCAAUCUACAACAGAAGGCAGCUAUCUGCUCGCUGAUCGCGCUAGAGCGUAAACCCCGAGAAUGCGAUAUUCCCAGCACGCCGUCGAAAUCUCGAUCUGGUGCUCCGACUGUGAAACAAGCAUUCGAUACUUAUUGCACACUUUGUCGAAACGAAAAUAUCCUUCACCCUCUCACUUCUACUGAGUUCAAGGAUGUUCUCGGGAACCUAGAGACUAUGGGUCUUGUCGGUGACUAUCAGGGUCGUGGACGUGGUGGGACACUGGGUGGUGGCGCUCGGAUGUUUGUCAGACACCCUCUAAAUCUGGGAGUGUCAUGUCGACUCCGCAUAAGGUCUGAGAUUGAGGGUCAGAUUGCGGGACCUGGUGAGGGUAUUCUGAGACGGCUUCUUCGAGGUGAGGGUCUUUGA